AUGCCUGAAGACUCGAAACGGCGCCUCCCUUUCCUUGACCGUUUAGCAGACCGCGCCUCUAUGGGACCUCGAAAGAAGUCCAAGCCGAGCCCCCAGGCACCCAAGCCCGAUAACACCGCCGCACAACAACCCAGUCCGCGUGACGCCCCGCCGUCGAACCCGGAUGCAAAUAUCCAGCAUGCUUCACCCAGAUCGACGGAAACGGGCGAGUCUGCGGCCAAUCAGUCUGGCCAGGGAGGUGACUCUCGCAGCCCUGUAACCCCGAAAGGAGUCGCUCCCCGGAGCAGCUGGUACACGGGCGGGAGCUGGAGAGCGAAGGCAGCGCCUAUUGCCCAGGUCGCCCGCGAGAGUAUAUCCUCCGCUGCCGGCGGCGUAACAUCCGAAUCCUCGAGCGAUGUGAGCAAGAAGGACAACACAAACACAACCCCAAUCAAGUUCCUGGACAGAAGAACCUCAACUAAGAGCACUGCUCUGGCCGCCUCGACCACAAAUGUGAUAGCCACGUCGAGCCUUGCUAAUGAGUCGAAGGCUAGCCUGGCUUCGGAGACCAAGGAACAUCCAAAGGAGGCUGAGACAGAGCCACCCCUCCCUCCAGACCCUAUCAAGGAGAACGACAAGGCAGACGCUACGACGACGGAGAAUGUAGAGCCGGAACAAGAACAGAAAGCACAAGAGCAGCAGGCACCUGAACAGCAGGCACCUGAGCAGAAGGAAGGUGGAAUCACUUCGUAUAUUCCCAUCCCCAUUCCGUCGUCGAUAUCGAAAGGAUUGUAUGGCUGGUGGUCUAGGCCGGACGGCUAUGCCGGUGGUGAUACAAGCGGUGAUGAUAAGGUGGCGGAUAAUGGUGACGUGAAUAUGGAGGAUGCAAAGGCUACGCCUCUGCCGGACCCCACGCCAACGGAGGAUAGCGCAAACCCGCAAGAGCAGCGGGAUCAAAACGGUGACGCUCAAACAGGCGCAGAUCAAGCACCUAUGAGCGAAGUGUUGUCAAAGGACGGCGUUGAUGAGAAGGCUGCCCCAAGAAGCAGCUGGUUUUGGCUCUGGAGUAACACACAGAAUGCUCAGCAGACAGCGGAGACAGUCAACGAGACUCCCCAGGCGCCGGAGGCAACGACGCAAAAUGAAGAAGAGCAGCAGGAUAACACUACACAGAACCAGACACAGGAGCCUCCUUCGACUGAAACCAAGCCCCCGGUCCAGUCCAUCCCUAAGACAUCCGCUGGGUGGGCCUUUUGGUCACGAGCUAACCCUCACGGUGACGAGGCAUCUGAUGCACAAUCGACUCAUAAGCAAGUUGGAGAGUUGGCCGUGGCGGACACUCCUUCCCAGUCUCAUCCAGAAGCUGCGCAGUUCAACGAAAACCAAUCAGAAGAAGAACAACCGCAGCAGCCACAACCGAAGCCGCUAGCGAAAUCAAUCGUGGGAUCAAUCCGCAGGGGUCGUGGAAAGGGACGUGAAGUCGACAGUAGGCCAUCAACUCCGGUAACUCCGGUAAAAGCUACACCGGACCAAAGCCCGAGCCGGAAAACGAUAGAGGAAGCUCCUGGGAAGAAACCCUCGAAGGAAACCGCGAAGGAAGCCGCGAAGACCAAACAAACCCAGGAGGAACAGGCGAACCCCAAUCUUCUCUUACCAGAGUUUAAAAGCACGUAUCGCCUACCGCAGCAGACCCCCUCUUACUGGGGCAAGGUUCGAAAGUAUUUCCUUGGUAACCACGAACCGGAGUCUCCGCACUUGCAGCGUGCACCGGAGCCUCUGAAGAUAAAGAAGGCUUUGGCUAUCGGUGUUCACGGAUACUUCCCAGCUGCCAUUCUGCAGAAGGUGCUUGGCCAGCCGACUGGAACUUCUAUUCGCUUUGCAAACGCUGCUGCAGCUGCAAUUCAGAACUGGACGGAAGGCCAGGGAUACUCGUGCGAAGUGGAAACAGUUGCUUUGGAGGGUGAAGGCUAUGUGUCGGACCGUGUGGAUACCCUCUGGAAGCUGCUCAACAACUGGAUCGAUCAUAUCAGAACUGCGGACUUCAUCAUGGUGGCCUGUCACUCCCAGGGUGUCCCCGUUGCCAUCAUGCUCGUUGCGAAGCUCAUCCAGUUUGGUUGUGUCAAUGCGGCUAGAAUUGGAGUUUGUGCUAUGGCGGGCGUCAAUCUUGGCCCGUUCCCUGAAUACCGCAGCCGCUUCUUCGGAGGCUCUGCCGGUGAGCUUUUCGAAUUCUCGAGGCCAAACAGCUUGGUCAGUCAGAAGUACCAGGGCGCUUUGCGCGUGGUCUUGAACUAUGGCGUGAGGAUCGUGUACAUCGGUAGUAUCGAUGACCAGUUGGUUUCACUGGAGUCCUCCAUCUUCUCAAACAUCUCGCAUCCCUACAUCUAUCGCGCCGUGUUCGUGGAUGGCCGCAUUCAUGCACCGGAUUUUAUCACUCACCUCGUCGGAUUCGCCCUCAAAUUGCGUAACCUCGGUCUCCCAGACCACGGACUCAUCCGCGAGCUGUCACCUGCACUCGCCGGAUCGCUGUACGGCGGCGAAGGCCACAGUCGCCUCUACAACGACGUCGCCGUCUACAACCUGGCCGUCCAGCACGCGCUGGAAACCACAUCUCUGCCCGGUGCGAUGAACCCGCCCCUGCAGAUCAAGGACUACGAGGGCACCGGAUCUACCGGUAACAACCCUUACUUCCUGCCUUGGGCGAUGCGAGGAUUGCUCGAGGAGGACUUUGUGAGGAGGGAGCUCAGCAACGAGGUUGAGGGGCUGUUGGCUAUGUUCGAGAGCUGGAAGCCGACGACGAAACCGUUGAAGGAUAUCAAGUUCCGGCUGGAGGUCGUGAAGAGUAAGCUCUGA